UUCCUACUUUUGUUUCAAAACUGCGCGGCAUUUUUCAGAGACGGUCGCGUUAAGUCAAGGAGUAAUUUUGAAAAUGCCUUCCAAAAAGAACAAUCCUCCAAAGAAGCAAAAGACGCGGGACAUCGCGUCAUUUUUCAGCAUACCUGACAGAGUACACAGACAGAGUACACAGCCAGAUGGAGCUACAGGUGGAGCUAAGAGCAGAUCUGCAGGGUCUGAUCCAGGUCACGGAGCCAAAUUCUCUCAGCCAAGCAAAGAUGCAGGAUCCAAUCUAGGUGGAGCUACAGGCUCUCAGACACGCAGCCAAGCGAGAGUGAAAGAGGAGAAUGGUGUUGAUCUCAUGGGCGAACAUUUACAUCGUAUCACGGUGAAAUUCAAUACUACUGGCAGUACAAAAUACACUAUUGACUGCGAUCAUCCUCGCACAGUGCUGGAGGUGAUAAAAUCAACUGAAAACUAUGAGAAGAAGAUGAAGAAGUAUUCAGAUGAAAAUAUUGUGAUACACCUGGGUAAAGCAAGGGAAUCAAUUGUUGCAACACAUUUCCCUUGUACUUGUAUCAAGAGUGGUGAGUCUCUGAUCAUAUCAGGUGAACCAGAAAAGGUUGAAGUGACCCAAGACCAAUUUUACAAACCAAUACAGAUAAGGGACAAGUAUUCUGUCUUUUACAUUGAUACAGUGGGAGGAAAAUACACCAAACAAAAGAAGCUUUUUAGAAACAAUGCUGUCAAAGAGUUCAAAUAUCUGUGUGUCUAUGGGGAGAAGGGGCUGACUGUCAAAGAGGCUCUGAAAAGAGACGGUCGCUUCAUUGAUGAACUCGACAACUUCACUCUGACUGACAAUGCGGAUCCAGAUUCCAUCACUGAAUGCACACAAAAGGUUGACAACCUACAUAAAAAACAAUUCAAGAUAUGUCUUCCACGGAAUAAGAGGGCAAGUUCUGAAAGACGGCAGGAUAACUCUGGUGCAUCAAAUAUAUCACUUCAAAAGUGUGACACGACACCAGUUGUAGAUGUAGUACAGCAGAGAGGAAUUAGUGUCAGAGCAGCAGUUGAAAAAGGUGGCAACAAUGUCGACAACAAGGAGAUUUAUGAAAUACUGCGUCGCCAGUUUCCAGAUCUCAAACAAUGUAUGGAGAGUAGAUUCCCUGAUGAUUCUUAUCAGAAAGCACUGAACCUAAGGAAGGAAAACUUUGGGAAGAUCCAACAGUCAUUCAGUGAAGUUCACAGAGUCAGGAAGCUGCUGAAACUGGGCGAGUCAGUUUGCAAAGUGGUUGUUAAGAAUGUUUGUGAGGGAACAGGCUUUGUGCUGUUUGACAACUUCAUCUUGACCAACGCACACCUAUUCAAAGGUUGUGUCGAAGGACAAAAGUUGAAGGAGGGUAUAGAUGUGUACUUUCUCUUUAACUAUGAAGAUCCUGAGCCGCACAUAAAUUACUACUACUUUGAGCUGGCUCACCGUAACAUCUACGGCACUGAUAUUGGUCUCGAUUAUGCCGUACUUGAGCUCAAUCCUGAGAGCCAGAAAUCAAACCACUCAACACAAACAAAGAAAAUGAAGGUGCCACCAGGACUCCUGAAGGUUUUUGGUCCAAUGCCUCGGGAUGGUGAAGCCUGUAUUAUUGGUCACCCAGCAGGAGGACUGAAAAAAAUGGAUCCUACAUUUAUCAUUGAGAAAGAGAAGAGGGUUCAGGCUGUCCAUGAUCAUUUACAUCCAUACAAAGACAGUAUUGUAACUCUUCUCUCAAUCAGUCACCUUAUUAAAGAGCAAGGGAUUGAAAACAUAAUGAUGGGUGGAAAAACAGCAGACAAAGUAGUGACCUACGACACUUUCAUGUAUCACGGCUCUUCUGGCUCCCCAGUGUUUGAUGCUCAUGGUCGAGUCUUUGGUUUACACACCGCAGGAUAUGCAUAUGGGUUUCCAAACCCUAACAAAAGUGUCAUAGAGUUCGCCCAACCUUUGCUUACUAUAUUUAAACACUUUGUGAGUACGCUAAAAGGAAGUGGAAAGGAUGAGCUGUUGGAGAGAGUUAACAAAGAGGUGAAGGGAAACUCAGACCUAGAAAAGGUCUUCAAGUCUAUGGUUGAGCUGAAGGAAAGCAGACAGAUACUUGAGGAUGAGCCAGCAGACCCUGAGGAGCUUUUGGACAUUGAGCCAAUGGAUAUUGAUUAAGUAUUCAGACCUUCAAAACGCAUCUGGCUGCAUACCUUAUUUCAGAGUUCGUACAAUCUUUAUUUUGACCGAAUGAUUAACCGACUCGUUGACAAAUUGUAAUGCUGCCCUGCUAUUUUUGUUUACCAAGUGUAUUUUUCGGGCUGUGAACUGGAUGCCAACAGUUUUUUUACUCAACGUAUAACCCUCUUAUAACCAACACUUAUUUUAAUAUUGUAUUCUAGACUUACCAUUGUUGAUGUUUGGUGUAAUGUAAUCAGAAACAUUGACUCGCCUGUGAAAGCCUAAAUGUCAUAGUUAAGUAACGUUUCUUGGUGUUGUUUAGUUUUUUGUGUUGAUUUUGUAAUUUUGAAAUUGAUAUUUUAGACUUUAUUACCCAUAUUACCUGUUUGUAUGAUAUUAAA